AUGGCCUUAGUCCGUGCUUGUGUGUCCUUGCUGCUUAUUGCACUCUUCUAUAACUAUGCAACUGUUCAGGUGUCUGCAUACAGCGACUUUGCCAAUUCCGAUUGUCGUGAUGAAAAUGUUGAUUGUCGUUACUGGGCCGCUACCGGAGAAUGUAAAACUAGUGCAGAGUUCAUGAAUAAAGAAUGUAGGAAAUCUUGUCAGUUGUGUAAGUCCAUGCACCAAACUCAACCAGCAGUUGAUGAAUGUCUUGAUCAACAUAAGAAGUGUCCUCAUUGGGCCUCUGUCGGAGAAUGUGACAAGAAUCCGAAAUACAUGCAUAAGUACUGUGAAAAAUCUUGUCAGUUGUGUGAAGAUUGUGCUGAUCAAAAUGAGGAUUGCGCAUUUUUGACCUCUAUCGGAGAUUGUAGCAAGAACCCUAGCUACAUGUAUACAAAGUGUAAGAAAUCUUGUAAAAUGUGUCUUUCUAACGCUCACGUUCCAAGUGUAUCUGAAAAUUGUCUUGAUCAACAUAAGAAGUGUCCUCAUUGGGCCUCUGUCGGAGAAUGUGACAAGAAUCCUAAAUACAUGCAUAAGUACUGUAAAAAAUCUUGUCAGUUGUGUGUAGCCUGCAUUGAUAAGAACGCUAAAUGUGCUCAAUGGGCCAAAAGGGGCGAAUGUGACAUAAAUCCAGUUUACAUGCAUAAACACUGUAAACGGUCUUGCUUUAUCUGUAGCUAAAUUGAUCCAAGAAAUUCCAGAAUAACUCGAUGCUUACCAUUCUUCGUUAGAAUUCAUUUAAACCAACAUUUACAUACCGAGAUUUAUAACCAUGAAAUCAAUAAAAAUUAUAUUACUUUUA